UAGAAGCAAGACUAGCAAUUAUUUGCCGUUCUCUUCCAACGAGUCCGUUUUUUCUCGUCAGGCAGAAGUUGUAGUUCGAACUCCGGGCCCGUUCAAGAGUCAAGGCCUACGUGAACGUGAGCUGCCACACGUACACAGGGACUGCCGAUCAAUCUCCCUCACAGAAUGCCGCCUUCAUGUUUCAUGAUGGCCGCCAUCGUGUUGCUACUGGCAACGGCUGCUCCUGCGUUUGGUGAUCCAGUUCCAGUUUCAGCCAUGCCAGAUAAUCAAGUGCCGCUUGUCGCAGCAAGGCCAAGUUGCAUGGUUCGUUGGAUUACCCAGUCCGGUGUGGAGCAGGAGAUGGCGGAGAAGUACGAGGGCAUCUUCAAGAGCAUUGGCAUGAGCGAAGCCAAGCUGGUUGAGCUGGACACGGAUGUGCUGGCGUUCCUGAUGGGCAUGACCGACGCUCAUGCCACUAUGCUCAAGUCCUGCCUUGUCGCAGCAAGGCCAAGUUGCAUGGUUCGUUGGAUUACCCAGUCCGGUGUGGAGCAGGAGAUGGCGGAGAAGUACGAGGGCAUCUUCAAGAGCAUUGGCAUGAGCGAAGCCAAGCUGGUUGAGCUGGACACGGAUGUGCUGGCGUUCCUGAUGGGCAUGACCGACGCUCAUGCCACUAUGCUCAAGUCCUGCCUUGGCGGUACGAAUCCGUUAUGUGCUGGUGCGUUCGACCCGUGCAACACUGAGGGAGAGUGUGCGUUCAACACCGACAGUCGUUCAUACAUGUGUCAAUGCCAGCCAGGAAGAACGGGACACUAUUGCGAGAAUGAAAUUUAUGAGUGCGGCAGCGAGCCCUGCCAGAAUGGUGGACGAUGUGUGGACGCAUUCAACUCAUUCAGUUGUAACUGCUCAGUUGGCUACGAGGGAGAUCUGUGCCAGACACGCUGGCUCACACUCUCACGAUAUGAUUCAGUCCCAGAAACAUUGAUGCAGUUAUCGUACGCUGUCCAGUCUCUGAACACCAGCCUGGAGGAGGAAAAGGCCAAAGUUAAGUCUCUGAACGCCAGCCUGGAGGAGGAAAAAGCCAAAGUUAAAAGCCAAGAAAUCCAGUUGUUGAAACUGCAGGAGCAACAGAAAUGUAACCCCGCUGAGCUGGGCUUCGCUUACACGGCAGAUCGUAUGACAUUCGGUGGUGUCGCUCAGGUUGCCAAGGUAACCAUCAAGAAGAAGCAAUCGUCAACACUUCUUCACAUUUCCUACACUAGUAAUAUUCGCUCCUACGGAAACCACGGAUCGCAGGCGCGAUGGUAUGCCAAGAUUAAUGACCUAGAAUGCACCAUUCCAAACAAAGUGGACAUGCUUUUAUACCGUGACAGUAGCUUAGGCCUAUCUUACUCUCCAGCUCACCUGGAUGGUCUAUGCAAAAAAAGCCGGACUGGACACUUCUCGGCUGGUUAUCACACGGUAUCUAUCCACACUGAGGACGUGGGUGGCGUGGUACCUUUCAAUGCAUAUACUGGCUACCUUAGCACCUCAACACUUCAAGUUCGUGAAAUUUGUGGCUAGUUUUUUUUGGUGCGUUUUAUGUCCCCAUGACGUCGAGACCUCAGGGCGGCUGAGGACAAAAAGUCUCACCAUCACUAUGCUCCCACUACGCCAUAUUUUGUCUUAGCCUGUGGGCUGUGACCAUUGUAAAAGAAAUAUUUAAAAAAUUAAUGCUACGCAUGAAUCUGUUUACAUUAUAAUACUGAAGUAAUUGUGUUUUGUCACCUUCUCUAUUCUCACAUAGUUGUGUGGGUAGGGUUCACAACAUCUCCGUUCUACACUAUUCAUUCGUGUUGAUUUGUCACAAUCGGUCACGUGAUAGCUAGUUGAGUAUACACACAUUGUGUCAGUAUCCUCUAUAAAACAAUAUCAUUUAGUUCAACCACUUUCAUUCAAUAUCUGCCUC